UUUCUAUACAAAUUUCAAAAUUAAAAUAUUAAGAUCUCAAUAGCUAUUCACUGUAAAUUUUGAAAUUAACAUAUUUAUAUAUUUUAUAUAGUAUAAUUUAAUUUAAAUGAUAUUAAUAUAUAUAUAUAAUAUGAAUAUCUAUUUAUGAGGCUUCAUAUUCAAUACGAUUUAUGAUCAUUUGUAUCUUGCUUGAACAAAAAAAAUUAAACAACUGAUCACAAAAUUUUCAAUGUAGGACUUUUACCAUUUUUAUUCAUUUCUAGUCAUUAAAAAAAUAUCACAUUAAUUGUUUAAUUUAUAUGUUUAAUGUGAUUGUUUAAUUUCUUUUAAUAAUAUAAAAUUAAACAAAAAGAGAGAGGAUACAAUUUUUUUUAUCAUAUAUGUAUUAUUCAUAAUCAUUAAUUGUCAUAUAUAUGUUAAUCAUAUUAUAUAAUUUUGUAACUUUUAUUUAAGGAAAAAUAAAAUAUUCUUUUUGUGUAUUACUAAACAAUUGUAUAGUUAGUUUAAUAAAAAGUAUAAUACAUAUUUAUAUGGAUUGGACUAAUUUAUUUUUCUAAAGAAUCAUCUUCGUGAUAUCACAUAGCUAUGAAAACACGCUGUAAUGCUUCAUAUACAGGGGAUAGUAGUACCUUUGGUACAAUUCAAAAGUCAACCAUCUUGUAGUCAUUAAGCUAAGCAAACCGCUCCCUUAGAAAAUGUAUCACACGAGGCUUUUGUUUUUUAUAAAAGGCUCGUUCAUCCGGUAGGAACCAUAACUCAUUGUCAUGUCACGAUUUACCUUAUACCCUUCUUUCUUGCUCCUGUUACGGCUCGUUGCCGCUCAAAGCACCGAUACUGAAGGAGGAGCAGGGUUAAAACCAACCACGGCUAUAAUCAUGAUCGUAUUCGUCAGCGUUUUUUUCUCACUUGGAUGUGUCUCCGUCGUCUACAUGCGAAAGUAUCUCACGCAAGCUCUAGGGAUCGACGACGGAUUAAGAUCCGGCGACAGGGGAAACUGGCUUAGCGAGAGGCAGGGGGCGUGUGGGCUCGACGCGUCUGUCAUAGAAACGUUUCCAACGUUCCGUUACUCCACCGUGAAGACGUUGAGAAUUGGCAAAGCAGCCUUAGAGUGUCCCGUUUGUCUUAACGGGUUUGAGGACGAUGAAACGCUGCGGUUGAUUCCUCAAUGCUGCCACGUGUUCCAUACUUGUUGCAUAGAUGCAUGGCUACGUUCUCACGUCACGUGUCCUCUCUGCCGUGCCAAUCUCGUUCCUGUACCGGGUGAGUCUGUUUCUUUCGAGAUAUCCGGUUUAGCUAGAGAAUCCGGUCAGAACUCUCCCCGAACGUUGAUUUCUGAUGAUAACCGGAGAAGGGUUUUGGGUUCUCCGGACGAGCGGUUGAUUGACUCAGUGGCUUGGUCAGGUAACAAGAGCAUGCCACGUAAGUCCAUGUCUACUGGUUGGAAGUUAGCCGGAUUGUUUAGCCGGUCGAGUUCUACCGGUCAAAUGAGGGAAAAUCUAGACCGGUUCAAGCUAAGGUUACCGCAGGAGAUACACGACCAGCUGGUGAACCAAGAGUCAAAAGGGCAUAUUGCGUUACCUCAAGUGAGGAGCUCAAUACGAGGGUACAGAACCGGAAGCCUAGGGAAUGAAAGAAACUAUUUUUACUUUGAACAGUUUGAUCAAGACGGUCGGUUACACCGAAGACCAUUUUCUAUAACUCCUCCGUACUGUACCGGGUCAUUUCAGUCUCUGGAUAUCCACGGAGCUCAGGAGCCUGCUGGUCCACACAAAGGCUUGAUUGAAGCAAAUCAGCAAUAAGGUCACCGUUUGAUCGGUUAGUCACUGGAAAGAACAA